CAUUCUGCGUUCGGAAAUUCGUCGUAUUUCAGAAUGCCUCGACAGUCAAUAGCGCUUAGCUUUUUAAAACAUGUCUACAUAUAGACGUCCAUAUUUAUACAUACACACAUACAUUCCCUUAGCUAGCCGUCUUGAUAAUCAGACACAGACUAAAACUUAAGCUUAAGAUCAACAUGUCUCGUUUUAAAGUGUACCUGGAUACAUUAAAGCAGGGCCUAAGAGUGGGGGUCCUCCGCGAACUUGGCCACCAGUAUCCAGUUUUAUGUUUUCUUCUACUGUUCUUAAUAUUAUCAACUGUCCUCCUCAACAGGUUCUUCCACAUCCUGAUGGUUUUCUGGUCUUUUUUGGCGGGUGUUGUCACAUUUUAUUGUUCCAUUGGCCCGGAGUCCCUCCUCCCCAACGUCUUUUUCACCAUAAAGCCAAAACCUAAGGAGACGCGAGCGGAGCUGUUUCCUCUGGGACACAGUUGCGCGGUGUGUGGGAAGAUGAAGUGCAGGCGCCACAGACCAACAUUGCUACUUGAAAACUAUCAGCCCUGGCUGGACCUGAAAGUGUACUCCAAGGUGGAUGCGUCGAUCUCAGAGGUUUUGGAGUUAGUUCUGGAGAAUUUUGUGUAUCCCUGGUACAGGGAUAUAACAGAUGAUGAAGCAUUUGUGGAUGAGCUCAGAGUGACAUUGCGUUUCUUUGCCUCCGUGUUGGUCCGCCGAGCCCAAAAGGUUGAUGUUCCCACUGUUAUAAGUGGCAAACUGCUCAAAGUUGCAAUGAAGCACAUUGAAAUCAUUGCUAAGGCUCAGCAGAAAGUUAGGAACUUUGAUAACCUGCAGCAGGCUGCACUAGAGGAAUAUGGACCCGACCUCCACGUGGCGCUGCGGAGCCGCAGGGACGAGCUGCUCUAUCUCAGGAAGCUGACAGAAAUGCUGUUCCCCUACAUCCUGCCCCCGAAGGCCACUGAGUGCAGGUCUCUGGCCUUGCUGAUUCGGGAAAUCCUAACUGGAUCUGUGUUUCUCCCUUGCAUGGAUUUCCUUGCUGAUCCCGAUACUGUGAAUCACUUGGUGCUCAUUUUCAUCGAUGACACUCCGCCUGAACCUGCCACAGAGCCACCGUCUGGCCUGGUUCCCUUCCUGCAGAAGUAUGCUGAGUCACGCAACAUGAAACAAUCUGUGCUCAAACUGGAGCUGAAGGAGAUACGAAAGCAGCAGGACUUACUAUUCCGCUUCAUGAACUUCCUGAAACAGGAGGGAGCCGUGCACGUGUUGCAGUUCUGCCUCACUGUAGAGGAGUUCAAUGACAAGAUUCUGCGACCGGAGUUGAGUGAUUCUGAGAUGCGCAGCCUGCAUGAGGAGGUGAAGCAGAUCUAUAAAACCUAUUGUUUGGAUGAGAGCAUCGACAAGAUCCGCUUUGACCCAUCCAUCGUUGGUGAAAUCCAGAACAUUGCCCAGGGGACCUACAGUGAUGUGGUGAAGCUCCAGACCAUGCCCUGCCUGUUUGAAGCCUAUGAACAUGUCCUCAGCAUAUUGGAAAACAUCUUCACGCCCAUGUUCUGCCACAGCGAUGAGUACUUCAGGCAGCUGCUGAGGGGAGCUGAGUCUCUAGCCCGGAGCUCCAGGCUGAGCAGAAAUAGCCUGAGUCUGGACGAUAUACGGAACAGUUCAAAGCGUGGAGAGGCAUUUGGGAUCAGCCGCAUUGGCAGCAAGAUCAAGGGCGUCUUUAAGAGUACUACUAUGGAGGGGGCCGUGCUGCCCCCCCUUGGCAUGCCGGACUACGAGGACGAUGUGGUGGAAGAGGCUACCAUGGUAGUGGAGGAUGACUCCCCUGUCGAAGUGACCAGUGCAGCCAGCUCCCCACGGAACCUAUCUGAAUGGGUCAUCAGUAUCCCCUAUGUAGACUUGUUUGAGGACGAGAUGAAGAAGGAGAAGGUCCCUGUGUACUGCAUUGAUGUGGAACGAUGCGACCGUAAAGAGGUGGGACAUGAAACUGAAACCUGGUCUGUCUACAGGCGAUACCAUGAAUUCUACGUCCUUGAGUCAAAACUUACAGAAUUUCAUGGCUCAUUCCCAGAUGCCCAGUUACCAUCCAAAAGAUUACUGGGACCAAAGAAUUUUGAGUUCCUGACAUCCAAGAGGGAGGAAUUUCAAGAAUAUCUGCAGAAACUCCUGAGGCACCCAGAGCUCAGCAACAGCCAACUGCUAGCAGAUUUCCUGUCCCCAUACAGUCUGGAGUCCCAGUUCCUGGAGAAAACACUUCCAGAUGUAAAUCUAGGGAAAAUUAUCAAGUCGGUCCCUGGGAAACUGAUUAAAGAGAAAGGACAGAACCUGGAACCGUUCUUACAGUCCUUCUUCAACUCGUGUGAGUCAGCAAAGCCAAAGCCCAGUCGCCCAGAGCUUACUAUCCUCAGCCCAACCUCCGAGAACAACAAGAAGCUUCUCAAUGAUUUGUAUAAGAACAAUGCGGGCCGCACCGAAGGCACAGAGAAGAGGCAUAAUCAGAACUACUUUGUGGACACGAUCACGGUGGAUGGAGUGUAUGACUACUUAAUGUAUGUGGGAAGAGUUGUGUUCCACAUCCCUGACUGGCUGCACCACCUGCUGAUGGGUGGACGCAUCCUGCUGAAAAACACGCUGGAGGCCUUUGUUGACCACUACCUGCGGAGUAAGCUGGAGGAGAUUCUGCAGGAGCAUCGUGUGGUGUCCCUCAUCACCCUGCUCCGUGAUGCGGUAUUUUGCGAAAACAGUGAGCCACGUUCCUUAGAAGACAAACAAAGACGGGCCAAGAAGACAUUUGAAGAAAUGAUGAACUACAUUCCUGAUGCGGUGGGGAAGUGCAUUGGCGACGAGGCCAAGUAUGAGGGAAUCCGGCUGCUCUUUGAAGGCCUCCAGCAGCCAGUCCUCAACAAACAGAUAACUUAUUUCCUGCUGGAUAUUGUUGUUCAAGAACUUUUUCCUGAACUCAAGAAGGAUGUCCCUCUCGCUGCUCCUUGGAUGUAGAAGUCUGUCAGACUGUCUGUUUCCUGUGGCACUGAAGAAUGUGUGCAAUAAAGAGAUAUGGUGUAAAUAACACCUAUGUAAACACAAGUAUGAAUUCAUACAGCAGAUUGUCCACAUGUUGCUCUAGCUUCUAAGGUGGAUACAGACAUUCCAGCAUAUAAUGUUGCACUAAUAAAUCAUA